AUGCCAAAGAACACCAAGGUGACCCAGCGGGAGCACAGCAAUGAGCCUGUCACCGAGUCUGUGGCAGACCUGCUGUCUCUGGAGCACCCCAUGGACUAUAAGAGCAGUCAGAUGAGCAUGGGUCUGAGUCCUGGCUCUACUGCUCCAGGAAAGGCCCUCCUACCCUCCCCAGACCCGGAUGCAGAGGACGGCCGACCUGCGUGGAACAACAAGCUGGAGUACAUCCUGGCCCAGGUGGGCUUUUCUGUGGGCCUGGGUAACGUCUGGAGGUUCCCCUACUUGUGCCAGAAGAACGGUGGAGGUGCGUACCUGGUGCCCUACUUCAUCCUGCUCCUCCUGAUCGGCAUCCCGCUGUUUUUCCUGGAGCUGGCAGUGGGCCAGAGGAUCAGGCGUGGCAGCAUCGGGGUGUGGAACUACGUCUACCCACAGCUGGGGGGCAUAGGGGUUUCCAGUCUGAUGGUUUGCGGUUUUGUGGGGCUCUAUUAUAACGUCAUUAUCGGCUGGAGCAUCUUCUAUUUCUUCCAGUCAUUUCAGUAUCCACUGCCAUGGGCUGAAUGUCCCAUCCAGAGAAAUGGAACCCAAGCCAUUGUGGAGCCGGAGUGUGAAAAGAGCUCAGCCACCACAUACUUCUGGUACAGACAGACUCUCAACAUCACCAGCACCAUCGACGACACCGGCGGUCUGAACUGGAAGAUGACCCUGUCCCUGCUGGUGGCUUGGAUCCUGGUCUGCAUGGCUGUCAUCAAGGGCAUCCAGUCCUCUGGGAAGGUGAUGUACUUCAGCUCUCUGUUCCCUUACGUGGUCCUCUUCUGCUUCCUGGUGAGAGGUUUGCUACUGAAAGGAGCUGUGGAUGGAAUUGCUCACAUGUUCACCCCAAAGCUGGAAAAGAUGUUGGAGCCACAGGUUUGGAGAGAAGCAGCCACUCAGGUUUUCUUUGCCCUCGGUUUGGGCUUCGGCGGGGUCAUCGCUUUCUCCAGUUACAACAAGCGAGACAACAACUGCCACUUUGAUGCAGCGUUGGUGUCCAUCAUCAACUUUGUGACCUCCAUUCUGGCGACGCUAGUGGUGUUCGCAGUUCUGGGAUUCAAAGCCAAUGUCAUGAACGAGAAAUGUGUCGUCGAUAAUGCAGAGAAGAUCCUGGGGUACCUGAACACCGGUGUGCUCAGCAGAGAGCUCAUCCCUCCUCACAUCAACUUCUCCCACCUGUCGGCCCAGGACUACGCAGAGAUGUACGGAGUCAUUAAGACGGUGAAGGAGGAUGGCUUCGGCCAGCUGGGUCUGGAUGCCUGCGUUCUGGAGGACGAACUCAACAAGGCGGUUCAGGGCACUGGUCUGGCCUUCAUUGCUUUCACUGAGGCCAUGACCCACUUCCCCGCCAGCCCCUUCUGGUCUGUAAUGUUCUUCUUUAUGCUUAUCAAUUUGGGUCUGGGAAGUAUGAUUGGUACCAUGACUGGCAUCACCACACCCAUUCUGGAUGCCUUUAAGAUACGCAAAGAGAUCCUCUGCGUGGUGUGCUGUAUCAUUGCCUUCCUGUUAGGGCUGCUGUUUGUGCAACGCUCAGGAAACUACUUUGUCACGAUGUUUGACGACUACUCGGCUGGUUUGCCUCUCACUGUGGUGGUUAUCCUGGAAAACAUCUCUGUGGCCUGGAUUUAUGGCACUAAGAGGUUCAUGCAGGAUCUUGAAGACAUGCUUGGUUUCAGGCCGUACAGCUUCUAUUUCUACAUGUGGCGGUACGUGUCGCCGGCGGUCCUGGUGGUGCUCAUCGCUGCCACUGUCAUAGAGAUGGCCGUCAGUCCUGCAGGAUACAACGCCUGGGUGGAGUCAGAGGGCUCAGAGCGAUUCCAGAGCUACCCUCCCUGGGCUCUGGCCAUGGCCUACGCCCUCAUCGUUGUUGCGAUGCUGCCGUUGCCACUCGUCUUUAUCGCCCGCCACUUUAACCUGAUUUCAGACGGCUCCAACAAGCUGUCUGUCUCCUACCGUAAAGGCAUGAUGAAGGACAUUUCCAACCUCGAGGAGCAGGACGAGCAGCGCUUCAUCCUGAGCAAGAACCCCAGCGAGGCCCCGUCCCCUAUGCCCGCCCACCGCGCUUACCUGGGCCCCGGUGGCACCCAGGAGAUGACCAACACCAACUACGGCACCAGCACCAAGACAGGCUAUCAAAACAUCGGCUCGCCUGAGUCUGAGCUAUGAUCCGCUGAGCUCAUAGAUCCUCCUGUCCAAUAAACCCCUGCCCUGCGUGGAGAGAGGGAGACAGAGGAAAAAAGUGAGGAACAGGAGAAGAAAUGGAGGUCAAGAGGAGGUCCGCAGCCGGUUGUUCAUCACACCUUAACCCCCAGAGCUAAACCCCUCUAUCCUGCUUCACUACUCCGUUAUUGUCCAUCUUUCUCUCCCUUAUCAUAGGAUCCAUGUUGAUGAUUGCCUGUCAAUCCCAGAUACGAUGGAGGAUCACGGGACAGUUAGUCCCCACUCAUAUGACGACUGUAUUACAAGAGCAGAGAAACAGGGUCACAGAAGGAAAUGAAGCUCUGUCAGGUCCAAGGUGGCGUUUUUUAAUAAGCUCUGGCUGAGGUUAAGGUGUGUUCGACACUGACAUGCUUUGUGUCAUUCUGAACCAAAAUGUUGUGUGUUCACCAGUCUGAAGAAGGUCAUGUUUGAGGCAGGUUGGUCUCGGCAUUAGGAGAUCAUCAUGUUACUGUGGUUUAUUUGCAGAGGAUUAUUGUUUGUGGAGACAGGAUAGAAGGAGAGAUACUAAAAACCUGAUUUGUAUCAUCAUAAGGGAACAUUUUUCAUCUCGAGAGCAAAAUAAUACAACUUGCAUCUGUAACAGUAUGUCUGAAGUGUUUCUGUUUCUGCAAACAGUGUUACAAGCACAUCAUUUUUAGAGUUUAUUGUGCCUACCAUACAUCAGCAAUAAUAACUAGUCCAAGUAUGUGGCUCUCCUUCUAUCCCUGUUCUCUCCACUGAUGUAGAUUAGUGUACAUAUGUGUUGUGCAAUAGUCUGAGAUGUCAUGUUAAAUGAUGUAUAUAUACACCCCAGUAGUGCAAAACAAGGGGAAAGUUUAUCCUCAUUUCUUCACGACACCGAAGCACAGACGCCCGCUAUCGUUAGCAUCUCUGAGCCUUAACACAGAGCAGCACUUUUCUUUUAAACAACAUCUCCCAGUUGUCGCAACAGUCGUCUUUGUGCUGUUCCAGUGGCAGAGCUUUUCCAUUUUAAUCAAUCAUUUUAAUCAAGCGUUUCCAUUUUAAUCAAUGCCUUAGAGGGCAGAGGUGGCGGCGUACGAGCAGUGUUUGAUCAGAGGCAGCUUGUCUGUCUGUCCGUCCGUCCAUCUGUUUCAGGGCAGUGUGGUGUUAGAGAGGCAGGCAGAGAGGAUUUGUGCGUUUUGCCAUUGUGUAUGUGCAGAUGUACAUGCAUGUGUGUGCCCCCGUUGUCUGCCGCUGAAUGAGCACUCCCUGUGACCCUGCCUGUGUAAAAAUAGAGUCGCGUUACCCAGAGGAAGCCGUGGCAACGCACCAUAGAUACAGAUCCUCUUCUGACAGAGAGGAUGAGGAGCACAGACACCUUGCUUUCUCUGCUUCACCUGCACGGUCUGUUAAUCAGCAAUACAGAGAUGAGACAUUUUACUGUGGAUAUCCUUCAACUAUAUAUUUUAAUGUUGUUACAGUGCAUUGAGUAACAGGUUCACUGCCAUGACGUGCUGUGGAAUAAUCAUGUUUCAUCCCAGAGAGGAUGACCUGUAGGUUUAAUCGUUUUCUCUAAUUGUUGCCACGAUGGACUUCAUUUCAUAAGCACUACAGUCUACACUUUGAUGUCUUUUUGUGAACUGACAUGUGGAAACUAAAGCCUUUUUAUUUUUUAAUGUAUAAUCUUGUAUGAUGAUGUAUGUUUAGAGGUUUAACGUGUGUACUAUAAACGUGCUAUUAAUGUUUUGAACAAGUCGUAAUACAUAGUUUUCACCACCGGGUGUCUCUGUUGGCCGGCAGAGGAGCCAAUGCUCUCUCUGUGUCCCAUGGCCCCUCCCUGAGACAGCACCAAGACUGAACAGAUAUAGUGUGAAGCACAGUCAGUCACAUUGUUUGGUGCCUGAAAAUCAUCACUGUCGUCUGUUUGCCUUAUGCUUUGUCAUUUUAAGUUGAUGUUUAUGUAGUGCGAUUCGGUAGAGUUUGGACCAAUGUCUCACUCACUUGAGCACUUUAAUUAAGUCAAGACCCUGGAGUUGUUUGUUAAGCACAAAUUCAUCAAAAGCAUGAUGAGUUUAAAGGUUAACGACAUGAUGGAUUCAUAUAAUGUGAAUAUAUACGGUGAUAUACUGCACAUGUACAGAGCCCUGAAUGUCUAUGAGGGGCACAAGCACACACGAAUCUGAAACCUUCCACCUGCAAACAUCUGGUUUCUUGUGCUUAAAAUCUGCAUCUGAUUAUGUUACAUUUUGGUAUCGUAACAGGUUAGAAUCUGAUAAUUUUGUCUUCCCGUGUAACAUUCAUGUAUAUACUGACCAGCACACACAUUACUCAGGCUGUUGUCACUUCACUAUUACCUGUGAUUUGCUGGAGGAAUUAUCCUCAAGCAAAUAUUUCAACAUUAUCUAUACUGUAAAUGAAGGAAAAGGUGAUUAUUAGUGUUUUGAUGUUCCAAAACUUGUGAACAUAUGUAAAAUACACUGUUGACCAUAAAGUUGGAAUGAUAUAAAUAUGUUUUUGUGAACACAAGCCCAGAUUCCCACAGUGGAAUCCCUUCAUCCAAAGAAAUUAAUUUUGUGUCAUAUCUAUUUAUAUAUUUCUAUUUUUAUAUUUUACCCCAAAUUCUAUUUUAAAGCCAUCUUCACCCUCUCAGCAGUUACUUUACAUGACAAGACUAUUAUCCUUUUUUGCCAGAAAAGUCUGGCAUUAAAUAUUUAGAACCAUUUGUAAUCUUUAAAAUGUAUUAUGUGGAACUGGUGGGAAAUCUCUGCACUCUUACACAAAACAGGAUACGAGCGUAUAGGGAGUAAAAACAUACAGAUGUUUCAUAGUGAGCACAAGAAACCACAUGUGGACAGUCGAUCGAUGGCACACGACUUCAGGUGAACUCACCUGUAUGAAAACUGUAGCUGUGGUUUGAGUUAAAGCACAUUUGUGGAAGCACAGGAAGGUGAGCACAAAGGAGCUGCAUGUCUUACUGAGCAAUGAAUUUCACCGGUCAAUAAGCGUAAGUAGAGUGAGUCAGAGCAGGUUACCUAGGUGACGAAACUUGUAGCUCAUGUUAGUCAUGGUCUGAUUCCUGCAUCCUCUGAGGGGUCACUGGAGGAUAAAGCUGCACAAUGAAAUUCACUGCCAUCCUGGCAUUAAGUUUAACUGCGCCAUUAGACCGUAAUGUACCUGUAAGAUACAGACUGAUCUGCACAAUAAAUGGAAGUAAAAUGGCAGAGGUGAACAGCCUGAGCUAAUUACCGAUGGGAGGAUUUGUCUGCAGAGAGCACAGUUAUGCUUUUGGAAACAGCAGAGUCAUGUUAAGUCACUUAGAACAUGAUGCACUGUUUGUCACAUUUUGCCUCCUUUUUUCUACAUCAGACCCAUCUGAUCUUCUAAAAUACAAGAACUGCUGAAAAAGUCUGCACAAUGAAAAAUAUCAGCUUCUAUUGGUCCAAAUUUGUCCACAUAGGCCUUAACAUUUAGUAUCAACACUAAUAUUAGACAACAGAGACUCAACUCCAGGGUCUGUUCGUCCUGUUCAUGUAUCAGCCGCGUUGCAUAUGUAAGUCAAAGCAACAUCUAGACUUUAACUCAGUUAUAUCACUGAGCUCAAAUCAACAGAAGUAGAGUAAUAGCAUAUUUAUUUAUCUGUGCAAAUAGUCUUUAUGUGACCAAACCAUAGUUAUAUUUAUAGUAUUUAAGAUGAUGUAUUUAAGCUGUAAUAUAUCGAUGUACAUUCUGAUAAAUUCACAAUGAGUAUCUAUAGUGAGAGUGACAGGGUGUAUACUUGAGCUGUAAAUAAUAAUUGUAUAUUUUGAGAUAUUUUUUGAUUUUUUGUACUGUAGGUAAUGUUAUUUUGGUGUCUGUUGCUUUCUGGUGUUAGUGUGUGGUUGUUUCAAUCAAAAUAGCAGAGCGACUGUGACUGUGCGUGUGUGUGGGUGUGUAUUCAGGUGUGUGAGUAAAGUAAAAGUAUAUGUAGGUUUUGGUGUUUAAAUGUGUGUUUUUUCUCCUCUCUCAGUGUUGUGUGCUGCUGAUUUAAUCCAGUAGAUAAAAUCCUGUUGUUACAGUGAACUGGGACCACUAAUGUAAGCAAUCUCCUCUCUGUAUUUCACACUGGGACUGUGGUGGCUUCCAGCACAGACCCGCAACACAAGCAACAACUAAUGUUUGACAAUAACAAGCAGAAACUUUAGGGCGGGGGGUUUGAUUUUUUUUGGUUGAAGAGAAUGGUAUUCUGUACAAACACAAUGGAGCAAACAGGAAAAUUAAAAUAACACUUUUAUUAAA